AUACCUAUACCGCAUGCAUGCAGCUAUAUGCUGUUUGUGUACGUGAGUGCGACGGGCAUGCAAUUCGCAAGUUUGGCUACACAAAAAGUUGUUUUUGAAUGGGACAGCCAAAAUCGACCGCGAAGAAAACCCCACGUGAAAUGACACACGGGGACCUCUGCGCAUGUCCCUGUAAAGAUCAAAUUUAACCUAGAUUUGGGAAGAAACGAUCGCAAAUCUGUUAGUUUGAGCUAGAAGAGAGAACAGAGAACUUACAGGAUCAAAAUGGGAGCUUAUUUAUCGGAACCGAACGUGGAGAAAAUCUCGGAUGACGGGAGUUGUGAGGAACUUUCAUACGGAGCCUCUGCAAUGCAGGGAUGGCGAGUUGGCAUGGAGGACUCUCACAACUGCAUCACCAAGCUCACAGAAGACACAUCACUGUUUGCAGUCUAUGAUGGCCAUGGAGGUGCUGAGGUCGCAGUGUACACAGCUCAACAGUUUCCAAAGUUACUCACAAACCUAAAAUCCUUCAAGGACGGUGACAUUGAUGCUGCGUUUGAAGAAGCCUUCAUGACCUUUGAUGCAUCUCUCAAACAGAAAGCAAUCAUAGAGAAGCUCAGGAGGAUAGCAGGCAUGGAAGAGGGAGAAGAGAAAGAAGAGGAUGGGGAGACGGAGACACUCCUUGAAGAGGCGGAGCUUCCUUUGGAACAACUGGUCGCCCGCUACUGCUCCCAGCCGUCCAAGAACAAACGAGCCAUGAUCAAGCAGGCCCACGGGGCCGACCUCCUCUCCCCCAUGAUCCAGAAGAAACAACCCAGGUUCCCCCUCACAGCUGUGAAUGGAUCGCUCCAAGACGGGGAUGGGCCUGUGCCAAACAAGACUGUUCCAUUCGACGAGGAGGGGGAUAUUGUUGCCAAAGGAAAGAGGGAUGAGGAUGAGAAUGUGGACAGUGUUAAUGGCCCCGAUGGGGAUAAAAGAAGGGAAGGGGAGAAUGGCACGGACAGUGAUGAUGAUGAUGUUGAUGAGGAAGGGGGCGAGGUCAAGGUCAAGGAGGAGGUAGCGGAGAUGGGGCAAGGAGAUGGGGCAUCAGAGAAGACGGAGGGGUCGGUGAAAACACAAGUCAAAGAUGAAGCAGGAACGUCUGCAAACUCAGGGAGCCAUAACGGCAAUGUACAGCACAGCGAUACCAAAGAAUCAGGAUCGAGCACCUCAGGGACGAGUUCAGAAAGUAAACUCAAGCAGAUCGUUCCUCCAUACCUGGACGAUGACGACGACAGCGACGAGGAAGACGAGGACUACCGGUCCGGAGACGAAGAGGAGGAGGAGGAAGACGAAGAGGAUGAUGAUGAGGAGGAGGAGGAGGACUUUGAUGGGGAGGAUGAGGAGGAAUUAGGAGAAGGAGAAGACAGUGGUGAUUUUGAGGAGGAGGAGGAGGAGGAUUACAGAAUGCAGUUGCCAGGUGGAAAAGAAGAGGUACAACCUGGCAGUGACAGCGGGUCAACGGCUGUGGUGGCGCUCCUCAGAGGAAAAACACUCACGGUCGCAAACAUCGGCGAUUCACGAUGCGUGCUGUCAAGGGACGGGGUGGCCCUUGACAUGUCGUACGACCACAAGCCCGAGGACGAUGUCGAGCUGAGAAGGAUAGAGAAGGCAGGCGGGAAGGUCACGCCGGACGGGAGGGUCAACGGGGGACUCAACCUCUCCAGAGCAUUUGGUGACCAUUGCUAUAAGAUGACGACAUCUCUACCUCCUGAAGAACAGAUGAUAAGUGCCUUCCCUGACAUCAAAACCGCCACACUCACAGAGCAUGACGACUUCAUGGUCGUUGCAUGUGAUGGCAUCUGGAAUGCCAUGACCAGUCAAGAUGUGAUUGACUUUGUAACGCACAGACUGGAAAAUUCAAGAGAGUCCGACCAAAGUAAUAAACUUUCCAAGAUUUGUGAAGAGCUCUUUGAUUUCUGCUUAUCACCCGACACGUCUGGCGACGGAACCGGGUGCGACAACAUGACCUGCGUCAUUGUACAAUUCCACAGCAACGGCGCAGACUCCAUCUCGGGGGCUUCGGUCAGCGCCAAGAGAAAAUCGGCCGAGGAUAAACCGGAAGAGACGGACAGCAAGAAACCAAGACAUUGACCUUCGACCUAUGCAGUAACUUCUCUGUCGGAAAGUGGAAGUCGACCCGUGAAAUAAGUUGGUUUAUUGAGAGCAGAAAAAAGAAGAGAAUCAAUUGGUGAAAUUUUUUUAGGGGCAAAUCCGAUACAGAAUAAGAAAGUUAUCAAUUUUGUUGAAGUUGCAAUCAAUCACAUGGUAAUUAGCAACUUUGUGACAUACCUCUCCCUUUACCCUGUACUGUACGUCCAUAAAUUUCCAAUUCCAUGGUGGUUGAUGAAUCGAAUUAAUCUUUUUAUAUAGAGCCUGUUGUAAAAUAAACAUGUGUCCAGUCAUAUCUCUAGGGCAGGGGUAUAAGGAAAACAAUAUCUCAUUUUAAAUCAAAUUGAAAUUAAUUUGAAUUUCCUUGUGCAGAACAUGCGGGGGAGGUGCGUAGAGAGGACAUGUACACUGUAUGUCAAAGUAUAUUGCCGAUUUGCGCUUGAUCAAUUACAACUUGCAAAAUUCAUAACUGUCAUACCUUUUAGCAGAUUCUCUGAUUAUUUUUGUUCUCAUUUUCAUGCUCUUGUUUGAACGAACUUGAUGCGAGAGUGGACUUCCGACUUGACCUGCAUAGCCAUCAUUUCCAAAGCCCUGGGCCCGUUUCACAAAGCCGUUUUUCAAUGACCAAUCACAAAAAUCAUUGACAAAUCUGCUGAUAACCAAUCAGAAACAAGGAUUUCAGUAGCUUAUAACAAAGCCUGUCAUUUGUCACGGAUGACAAGUUUUGUGAAACACCCCCCUUUUCUCACAAGUCUGUAUUCGCCCUAUAAGUGCAAACCAGCAUAGAAAUCCUACAACUGAACAUUGGGGGCGCACUUCUACAGAGUUGUGGAGUGCUUCUGCCAGUUUAUUCUCAUUCUCUUUCUUAAAUGACUCUUUGCUCAUGAUGACUACCUAUAUAUCACAGCAACAACAACUUUUCUGCCUGGUAUUUCCACCUCCACACUUAGUUGUGAUACUUGAAAGGUUUUCUCUUCGUUCAAUCUUUAUAAUUAUAUCAUACCUCCUCUUUCAUGGUACCAGAAAUAUGCGGCGUUCACAAGUGACUACCUGAAAAGAACGUCAAAAUAUUGUGGCGUAACCGGGAUCUGCAGGGGUUAUCUUCUGCCUUGCAGUCUCUCAAAAUCCGGUCCACGCUCUCGACAAUCAUUCAUCAACGAUCUCACAGUGGGCUCUCAGAAAAGUGUAUCGUGAAAGAAAAACGUGGACUAGCUCUCAUUCACUCACUCCCGCAACCACUGAAUGUAUGACAGGACUAAAGAAAAAACACUUACAGAGUAUUUGCAGUUCAGGUAACUUUAUCUCGUUUCUUGUACCUGUCGCAACGACAGCUCAACAUUGACUGACUGACAUCUCACGAUGUACAUGUUUCUUCUCACAAUCAAUUAUAACGCCCUCUACAUCUUACUAAAUUACUGGACUAGUUAUGCUACAAUAUAAUCAAAUAUAUGAUUAAUACGGGAAUGCAGGAUCAGGUUUUGAAGUCUUUGAAAACUCACGACUAAUACAGUUUCUGUCAUGCUGCUCAAGUGAGGAACUCUUUCUAGUUUCUCACAUUCUUCACCAAAUGAACAAAUCAAAGGUGCUUGUAAUCCUCUUUCUUGUGGACAGUGCUGCAAUGGCAUAGCUUUAGUAGUGACAGUCAACUCCACAGUCUUUAGUUUUGUAUGUAUACUAUGCUUCCUGAUCGUACAUGUAUGUGGUCUUCAAAUUAUUCUAGGAGUUCACUCAACCUAACCCAUAUCUCGCUUGAAUCCCAAACCCUAACCCCAUUUUCUUUGACAAAUGUCGCCAGAACAAAUGUCGGAUCAUCGUUCAAGUAGACGAUAAUACAAUUUUUCUUGCGUGUUGUCACCUGCGUUUUGUGUAAGUUCUGUGUUGCCAGGCUCCUGUUUCUGAUAAUGCAUUCCAUUCUGUAGCCUAUGGUUCGAAUAUACAGUAUGUCAACUGUUUUAUAUCACAACUGUGAAAUGGGGACCUUAGUCGUCCCUGACAGAGAAAAUGGAUUGAAUCUUCCACAGAUUGAAUUAAAUCAUUUUGUAAUUAAAUUUCACGAUAAUGAUCUGAAAAAAAGAAGAAAAAAAAUAUUUUUCUUGAUCUGCAUGUACAUGAGUUUCAGUUAUUCCUCUCUGUAUAUUGUAGACAUUAAGAGAGUAAUUAUGACAUCUGUGUUAAGAACUUUAAGAAGUUCAUCGUAAUAAGGCCUAAUCAAUGGUCAAUUGUUUGUAAGUUUCAAUAAUGUUGAAUUCCUCAGAAAUUGUCA